AUGAGAGGAAGCAAGGUGAUCUCGUUGUUCGUUCAAAAUAUUCCGAUUAGAUAUUAUUUGAAGGGGUUGAUACAAGUGUUCGGUAGACAUGGUGAAGUUGUAGAUUCAUACAUAGCUAGAAGAAUGGAUAGGAUAGGCAAACGAUUUGGUUUCAUAAGAUUUGCAAACAAGGAGGAUGCAGAUAGAACAAGAGAAAGGCUUGUUGGAUUUAGUCUGAAUGGUUUUCAACUAGCAGUAAAGGAAGCAAAACCUAGAGAAAGACAUCUUCAAUGGAGGAAGAAAAACUUUGAAUAUCCACAACAUAUAGAUCAGAAAGGAAAUCAGAAAGAUAAUCAAACGACUAAGGAUAGGGCUGAGGUUUCAGAGGGCACCAGAUCGUCAACACAAAGCCGUACUGGGACAGGAUUACAUAGCGUGGAAUCUGAGGUUAAAAGGGGCUCGUUACUGUUCUGGGUCUUGUUGAGGAGGAAGCGUUGGAGAAGCUAA